UUUUAGAUAGACACUUCCAAAACACUUAGUCAACAGCACCCUCCAGGACAACACCUCAGCUAGUCUCCAUUAUACGCUCAAAAUGGCUGGCUUUUCCUACCUAUUUUGCAUAGGUCUAUUCAUUAACACAGCCAUGGGGCGGGUCCCGGUGGAAGAUAGCUAUCCUACAAUCAUUGCCGAGCGACCAUAUCGACCCGCCAAAACCAAUUGGGAAAAAUUCUUCUUUAAUGCUGUGGAAACCCUAGUUGACACCGUCGAAGGUCUACCCCAAACGCCGCUAGAUCUACUACCAUAUCCCUCGCUGGCGCGAUUCCAGUCCACGGAAGAACCUGAUGCCUCUUCCGAAGCUCCCGCCAUCAACCGAGACCAUUACGACGUACCCCAAAAGAUCCCCAUAAGUGGAAGUAAUGAUGCAUAAUAAAAUCUCACUUACUUA